ACCAAACUCUACCGGACCGUUGGAACCAGUUGUAGCGGCCACCUCUCGCCCAAUAGUCUGAUUUUGAGCCUCAAUUGGAUUGUUGAAACACUCGCGACUUUCCAUCCAAUUGCUUGUGUCGUACUUGUAUUUGCUGGCCGCAUCUCGGACCCCUCAAACCCCCUUUAGCGACUCCGAUGGGUGACACGGCGGGGUCGACGGCCGCCACCAAACCAAAUGUCCUAAUCAUUGGAGGCCUUGGCUACAUUGGACGCUUCCUCACCAACCACAUCCAUACCAACUCACUUGCGUCGACACUCCGGAUAGUGGACAAGCAACUGCCUCAGCUGGCUUCGCUGGCUCCCGAGCACAAAGACGCAUGCAGCGAGAACUUCAUGCAGGCUGAUGCCUCGCGACCGCCAUCGUUGAGCCGCGUCUUCGACCUGCCCGACGGCCAGCGCUUCGACUACGUCUUCAACUGCGGCGGCGAGACGCGUCAUUCCCAGGACGACGAGGUCUACAAGCUACGAUCCUACGAGUUAUCGCUCAACGUUGCCCAAGAAGCUGCCCGUCGCGGCGUCAAGGCGUACAUUGAGCUCUCGACAGGCACUGUCUACGACAGCAAACGCGAUCCGCCGCGCAAGGAAACCGACAAACUCAAGCCCUCGCUCAAGCAAGCAAAAUGGAAGUUACAAGCCGAAGAAGACUUAAGCAAGAUCCCAAACCUGCCACUCGUUGUCCUCAGACUGCCCAAUGUCUACGGCCCAUAUUCCGGUCAAUGGAUGGGAACUCAAUUGGCCCUCGCUCGUGUAUACCAAGGCAUUGAGAAAGAGUUGAAAUGGUUAUGGGGCCCUGAGUUGCGUACACACACCGUUCACGUUGACGACGUCGUUCGUGCCUGCUGGACAGCUGCAGACUGGCGAGCCAACCAAGCACAGACUGGUGCCGCUGCCGACAGCGCUCCUCCUACGCCCACCUCUCCUACACCCAAGAAGGGCCCCUUGUCUUCUGCCUCGGUCUUCAACAUCGUCGACAAGGGCGACACAAGCCAAGGCACCAUGGCUGAGAUCACCAAGGCCCUUUUCGGUAUUGAGACUGGUUUCCAAAACGUCCUCAUCAACACCUUUGCUCGCCUCAAUCUCGAGCACGUCGUAGAUGAUGUGAACGAUGAGACCCUUGAUCCUUGGGCUGAGCUACAACAAAAAGCCGGUAUUGACGCUGGUACUGGACCCUUGAGUCCUUUCAUGGAGAAGGAGCUACUGCGCGAAGCCGAUCUCUGUCUCGAUGGAGCAAAGUUCGAACAAACAGUUGGGUUCAAAUACACCCACGAGAAGUUGACAAAACAGGAAGUCGAAGCCGUAAUCGACAGCUAUAAACGCAUGAAGUGGUGGCCUUAGAUGUCAUCAUCACCAACACUAAACCCCCAGGAUCACCAUAUCUUUGCUCACCAGACACACUCUGAGACAGAAAUCCAAGGCAGCAUCUACACACACAUACCCGGCGUUUUAGCAUCUAUCCCAAGUUUUUGGCUUCAAUAUUUGUAUCAUCAAUUAUGCUCAGACAUCAAUCAUCUUACCAUAUUCGCAUCUAUCGCUGUUUGCUUUCCCAGUCCAUAGAGAACAAGCAGAAUCUCGGAUCUAGCUCAAGACACUUCAUUCUGUAUUCGUAUGCGUAUCUUAAGUUUCAGGUAUGGAUGGACAAUAGUAUUUGCCAACCACACCCCCC